GUAUUAUCGCCCACUUCAGUUUUAAAAAAUGGAGCAAACAUUUGCAAACGAUUUAAGCCUAAAGGUGAAUGAGUUAUUGGAUCAACCAGUGGAAAGACAGAGACUCUUCCAGGCACUAAAACAAUACCAACAGACAUAUGAUGUAGACACCCUGGUUGGAGAAUUGAAGGAAAUUAUUAAAGAUCCAAACAAGAUACAACUCUACAAUGAUAUAAGGCCCUUGAUACUACUGAGACAACAGAUGGAAUAUGAUAAACUGUUACCACAGCAACACAUGGAACAUCUGCGUAUCAUAAAUCUUGAGAAGUCUCACCAACAGCAACUUGGAUUUGCAGUUGUAGGAGGUUUAGAACAUGGCAUAGGUGUCUAUGUGUCCAAGGUAGUUCCCAAUUCCCAGGCUGAUAUACAGGGAUUGAGGGUUGGUGAUCAGAUCCUAAGGCUGAAUGGAUUCACUAUUGACCAAGCAAUUCAUGAGGAGAUACUGGCCUACAUAAAAACAAGCAGAGAGCUUAUCCUUAAAGUCAGAAAUGUAGGAAUGGUGCCAAUUAAAAGUGUGCAAGAUGAUAAACUGAAGUGGCAGUACAUCACACAGGAGAACAAAGCUGUGUCCAAUGGUCACCAAGAUACAGUGAAACUGUUCAUAAGCAUUCCACCAGGUGCCGGCCUAGGCUGUAGUAUAUGCAGUGGAUCACAAAAGAACUCAGGCAUAUAUCUACAGUCCACUAAAGUGGGAGGAUUGGCAGAGGAGGCAGGCUUAGAGGUGGGGGAUCAAAUCCUGAAUGUCAAUGGGACACGCUUUGAUGGAAUUUCUCACUCAGAGGCAAUUGUGGCCCUGAAAAGUAGUAGGCAGCUUUAUAUUCAGAUCAAGAAAGGUGCAGGAUUAGAGUUCUUAUCCAGUGGGAGUGAUGAUACAAUAGAAGCACUUCCACAAAAUACCAGCACAGCUAGUCAGAUUAGAUAUGAGCCAACAAGAGAUAUAAAUGAUAAUAGUCAGGCAUCUAGUUACAAAGCACCGUCACAACUUAGUAAUGGCCAAGCCAAUGUAGAAGUUCACAAUGAUGCCCCUGCACCUGAGAGUUUGCAAAAGCUCUUCAAAAAUUCUGCUCGUUUAGUGGAAGCCCCAGACACUAAUAAGGAGCUGACAACCAAAGUAGACGAAACAAAUAGCUCUGACCCUUAUUCACUGUUCACUGAAAUAGAGAUAGAUGGCAGAGACCUCGUGCAAGUGGUUGUUCCUAUAGAGGGUGGCACAGUAGAUAUGACGUUAGAGGGAGGUCUAGACUCUCCACUUGGGAAAGUGGUAGUUGGCGAGGUCUUCCAAGAUGGAAAUGUUUAUAAACAAGGUGGUGUUAAGAAAGGAGAUACAGUAAUGAUGGUGGGUGAUUUCAAGUUGGUUAAUACAACAUUGAAAUCCGCACAAAACCUUCUGGACAAGGCUUUACAAUCAUCCCAGGGCUCACUGGGGAUUAUAGUUGCAAUUUCUCCACCAAAGCAUUAUGAGGACGAAGUGACGUACUUCUAACCUGGCAGAAGAUAGUAACAAUCCACAGUGAGUGUGAUAAGUCAAUAUACAACACAAAAGAUCGUAAAGUUAAUGUGCCAAGAAAGAACAACAAUUGCAAUAUAGAAUUGUGCAGGAAUAACAUUUGUAAUAUAAAAGUAUGCAGUAAUAAGCGCAGUAUCUAAGUAUGCAGAAAUGACAAUCACCUUUACUUCUUAUAAUAGAAAUAUUAAGAAGUAACAUCUGUAAUAAAGCAAUAUACAGUUAUGAUCACAAUGUGUAUGUAUGCAGAAAUGACAAUUACAAUACAGUGUUAAAUAGAAAUAGGUUUGCAAUAUGGAAGUAUAUAGAAAGGACAACAGCAAUAUAGAAGUAAACAGAAAUGACUUACAAUAUUGAAGGAAAUAGCAAUGAUAUUCAUGAAAAAGAAUUUUUCAAAAUUGACAUUCUCAUAGGAAAUAUGGAG